AUGGAGAUCGGCCGGGGGAGGUAUGGCAAGGUGUUGCUGGUCACCCGUCGCUGCAGGGGUAAGUAGCCUACUCAUAGUUUCAUAGGUUGAAAUACUAUACGCUUUUCUUUGGUUCAAUGACACCAUUAAUGAUUAAUUGAUUUCACGUAACUUGAAAGUGGUUGAAAUGUUUCAUAUCAAAUGAUUCUUAGAAUUGGCUUCCUAGUGUGGUGGACUUCCAAUUCUGGCAGAAAAAUCAGCUGAUAUCAUUUAUACUGUCUGCUAUAUCUACACUGUUGUCUACUGUGUUUUCUACAGUGGUCUACAGUGGUCAAAACAUUGCCUAUGGUCAUAACAUUUUGCCAAGUUGUUACAAAAAUGCAAGCUGUCCUGAUAAAGCCUUUAUAGACACUAAUACAAUGUAUUCUGUCUUCUAACUGGACGGACAGUUUCUGGUCAAAAACCUAAUAUGGUCAGUGGUCACUUUUGGAAAGUUGUUAUGAAAAUGUAAAUAGAAACUAUGGAUGUUUUGCAGGAACACCGAUGGCUUUGAAGGUGAUACCAAAAGCCUCCACCAAGCUCCAGGGAUUCCUGCGGGAGUACUGCAUCUCCUUGCACCUGUCCUGCCACCACUGCAUUGUGGGUCUUUUCGGAAUCGCCUUCCAAUCCAAUGAGCACUAUUGCUUUGCCCAGGAGCUUGUUAUUGGGAGGGACCUUUUUGCCGUCAUCCAACCGAAAGUAAGAGAGUAAAUUUAACUCAUUGUUUGAUUUUGAUAUAGUAAAUUAUUUGACCUAUAAAGUGUUUUAGAAUAAAAUUACAAUGUGCAUGUUAUCAAUGUUUACCCCUUUGAGUGUCCAUAAACUCAAUGUGUUGUCAAAAAAAAUCCAUAUGGACUGUACAGUCUUCUAAUUCACAUGUUAGACAGGUACAAUGAUCGCAGAAGAAAUGGUGUGUAGCCAUGAUGCAAGGCAUACUAUCAACAACCACUGUGUGGGUGUGCAUUGCAUUAUGGGUAGCGUAAGCUUUAUGUUAUUAACACAAACAACACACCACUCCUCUGUUCCCAGCUAGGCAUCACAGAGUGUGCAGUGAAGCGCUGUGUCCUGCAGAUCACCAGUGCCCUGGAGUUAAUCCACGAGCACGGCCUGGUCCACCACGGCAUCAAGCCUAAGAACAUCCUGCUGCUGGACGGGUCAAGCUGGCCAACUUCGGCAUGGCCCAGACGAGAGGCACUCUGA